ACUCUUUCCUUCCACCUCCUUUACUCCCAAUCCUGCGUGAUCUCGCGUGAAAGGGGGAGUAUCUUCUCGCGAGAGCUAGGUCGGGAUCCCUCCAGGACCGCCUCCGUGGAGAGGAGGAGGAGGCGGAGGCGGAGGGAGGAGGAGGAGGCCCCGUCGCGGCCUCCGCCGCCGCCAACGGGGCUGUCCCUAUAGCUCCCGAUGGAGUUUGAGGUCGUGAAACCGCCGCCGAGCUCUGCCCCGGCGAGACGAGGCGCCUCCGUCGCCGAGCCGCGCCGUCGCGGGGCUCCCGGGAGCGGCCCUUAGCGACCCCGCCCGGGCCCCCACAGCUUACAAAACACUACACAGCAAAAUAAUGAUCUGCUAGACUGCUAACCCGAGCAUCCAGCUUCCACAAUGCCUGUGCAGGCAGCUCAAUGGACAGAAUUUCUGUCCUGUCCAAUCUGCUAUAAUGAAUUUGAUGAGAAUGUGCACAAACCCAUCAGUUUAGGUUGUUCACACACUGUUUGCAAGACCUGCUUGAAUAAACUUCACCGAAAAGCUUGUCCUUUUGACCAGACUGCCAUCAACACAGACAUUGAUGUGCUUCCUGUCAACUUUGCACUUCUCCAGUUAGUUGGAGCCCAGGUACCAGAUCAUCAGUCAAUAAAGUUAAGUAAUUUAGGUGAGAACAAACACUAUGAGGUUGCAAAGAAGUGUGUUGAGGAUUUGGCACUCUACUUGAAACCACUAAGUGGAGGUAAAGGUGUAGCUAGUUUGAACCAGAGUGCACUGAGCCGUCCAAUGCAAAGGAAACUGGUGACACUUGUAAACUGUCAAUUGGUGGAGGAAGAAGGUCGUGUCAGAGCCAUGCGAGCAGCCCGUUCACUUGGAGAAAGAACUGUAACAGAACUAAUAUUACAGCACCAGAAUCCCCAGCAAUUGUCUGCCAACCUGUGGGCUGCUGUCAGGGCUCGAGGAUGCCAGUUUCUAGGGCCAGCUAUGCAAGAAGAGGCCUUGAAGCUGGUGUUGCUAGCAUUAGAAGAUGGCUCUGCUCUCUCAAGGAAAGUACUGGUACUUUUUGUUGUGCAAAGACUAGAACCAAGAUUUCCUCAGGCAUCAAAAACAAGUAUUGGUCAUGUUGUGCAACUACUGUAUCGAGCUUCAUGUUUUAAGGUUACCAAAAGGGAUGAAGAUUCUUCUCUGAUGCAGCUAAAGGAGGAAUUUCGGAGUUAUGAAGCAUUACGCAGAGAACAUGAUGCCCAAAUUGUUCAUAUUGCUAUGGAAGCAGGACUCCGCAUUUCACCUGAGCAGUGGUCUUCACUUCUGUAUGGUGACUUGGCACAUAAAUCACACAUGCAGUCUAUCAUUGAUAAGCUGCAGUCUCCAGAAUCAUUUGCAAAGAGUGUCCAGGAAUUGACAAUUGUUUUGCAACGAACGGGUGACCCAGCUAACUUAAAUAGACUGAGGCCUCAUUUAGAGCUUCUUGCAAACAUAGACCCUAAUCCAGAUGCUGUUUCACCAACUUGGGAGCAGCUAGAAAAUGCAAUGGUAGCUGUUAAAACAGUGGUUCAUGGCCUUGUGGACUUCAUACAAAAUUAUAGUAGGAAAGGCCAUGAGACACCUCAGCCUCAGCCAAACAGCAAAUACAAGACUAGCAUGUGCCGAGAUCUGCGUCAGCAAGGAGGGUGUCCCCGAGGAACAAAUUGUACUUUUGCCCAUUCUCAGGAAGAGCUUGAAAAGUAUCGAUUAAGGAACAAAAAGAUCAAUGCAACUGUAAGAACAUUUCCUCUUCUAAAUAAAGUUGGUGUAAACAACACUGUCACAACCACAGCCGGAAAUGUCAUUUCUGUCAUAGGAAGUACUGAAACAACGGGGAAAAUUGUUCCAAGUACAAACGGAAUUUCAAAUGCAGAAAACAGUGUUUCCCAGCUAAUCCCACGUAGUACUGACAGUACGUUAAGAGCUCUGGAGACUGUGAAGAAGGUGGGGAAGGUUGGCACUAAUGGUCAGAAUGCUACUGGGCCUUCUGCAGAAUCCGUCACUGAAAAUAAAAUUGGCUCUCCACCCAAGACUCCUGUAAGUAAUGUAGCGGCUACCUCAGCUGGGCCUUCUAAUGUUGGAACAGAGCUGAAUUCUGUGCCUCCAAAAUCCAGCCCAUUUAUAACUAGAGUACCAGUAUAUCCUCAGCACUCUGAAAACAUUCAGUAUUUUCAAGAUCCAAGGACUCAGAUACCCUUUGAAGUCCCACAGUACCCACAGACAGGCUACUACGCACCCCCUCCAACGGUGCCAGCCGGUGUGGCUCCCUGUGUUCCUCGCUUUGUGAGGUCCAGUCAUGUUCCAGAGUCCUCCCUCCCACCUGCUUCUAUGCCAUAUGCCGAUCAGUACAGCACAUUUUCCCCUCGAGAUCGAAUGAGUUCUUCUCCUUACCAGCCCCCUCCUCCGCAGCCAUACGGACCAGUUCCUCCAGUACCUUCUGGAAUGUACGCGCCUGUGUAUGACAGCAGGCGCAUCUGGCGCCCGCCGGUGUACCCGCGAGACGACAUUAUUCGGAGCAGUUCCUUACCUCCAAUGGACGUGAUGCCCUCGUCUGUUUACCAGGCGUCCUUGCGAGACAGAUAUAACUCACUAGAUGCGUAUUACUCCGUGGCUUGUCAGCCACCUAGCGAGCCAAGGACAAGUGUGCCUUUACCAAGGGAACCUUGUGGUCAUUUGAAGACCAGUUGCGAGGAGCAGAUAAGAAGAAAGCCAGAGCAGUGGGCACAGUACCACACUCAGAAAGCACCUCUUGUCUCUUCAACUCUUCCUGUGGCAACACAGUCACCAACACCACCUUCUCCUCUAUUCAGUGUAGACUUUCGCACUGAUUUCUCUGAGAGCGUGAGUGGUACAAAAUUUGAAGAAGAUCAUCUUUCUCAUUAUUCUCCCUGGUCUUGUGGCACCAUAGGCUCCUGUAUAAAUGCCAUCGAUUCAGAGCCCAGAGAUGUAAUUGCUAAUUCAAAUGCUGUAUUAAUGGACCUGGACAGUGGAGAUGUUAAGAGAAGAGUGCAUUUAUUUGAAACCCAGAGAAGGACAAAAGAAGAAGACCCAAUAAUUCCAUUUAGUGAUGGACCUAUCAUCUCAAAAUGGGGUGCAAUUUCCAGAUCUUCACGUACAGGUUACCAUACCACGGAUCCUGUCCAGGCCACUGCUUCCCAAGGAAGUGCCACUAAGCCUAUCAGUGUAUCAGAUUAUGUUCCUUAUGUCAAUGCUGUUGAUUCAAGGUGGAGUUCAUACGGUAACGAGGCCACAUCAUCAGCACACUAUAUUGAACGGGACAGAUUCAUUGUUACCGAUUUAUCCGGUCAUCGAAAGCAUUCCAGUACUGGAGACCUUUUGAGCAUUGAACUUCAGCAGGCCAAGAGUAACUCAUUGCUUCUUCAGAGGGAGGCCAAUGCUCUGGCCAUGCAACAGAAGUGGAAUUCCCUGGAUGAAGGCCGUCACCUUAGCUUAAAUCUUCUAAGCAAGGAAAUUGAACUGAGAAAUGGAGAGAGUGAUUAUACAGAAGAUGCAAGCGAUACUAAGCCUGAUAGGGAUAUUGAGUUAGAGCUUUCGGCACUUGAUACUGAUGAACCUGAUGGACAAGGUGAACAAAUUGAAGAGAUCCUGGACAUACAGCUUGGUAUCAGUCCUCAAAAUGAUCAAUUGCUGAAUGGAACAGCAGUGGAAAAUGGGCAUCCGGUCCAGCAGCACCAAAAGGAGCCACUGGAGCAGAAGAGACAGAGUUUAGGUGAAGACCAUGUGAUUCUGGAGGAGCAAAAAACAAUUCUGCCGGUAACUUCUUGCUUUAGCCAGCCACUCCCAGUGUCCAUUAGCAAUGCAAGUUGCCUCCCCAUCACCACGUCUGUCAGUGUUGGCAACCUCAUUCUGAAAACUCAUGUUAUGUCUGAAGAUAAAAACGACUUUUUAAAACCUGUUGCAAAUGGGAAGAUGGUUAACAGCUGAAAGGAGGUUCAUCUUUCAAAUUUGUGACCAUACCAUGGAAGCAUUUACACUAGCUUUUUAUAUAUAUAAUAUAUAUUAUAUAAUGUAUAUUUUUUUUAAAAAAAGAUAUUACUGGGGGCAUCCAUUUCCUGUGGACUCUUUGAUACUCAAGCCCUCUUGCAUUAGCAUUAUGAAAAAAAAAAGAAAAUUUACUUUACUAGGGUAACACGUUCACUUUCCAGAGGUGAUUGGAAUUUGGACAUUUAACUUAAGCUUCAAGCAGCUUUUUAUGAGUUUGUAGCAAUCCGGUGCAGUAACUGAGCCAUUUCCUAUUUUAAAUGGCUUCUAUAGAAAAUUAACAACUCAGUUAUUAAACUAGCAGGAUCCUACAAUGAUACAUCUAGUGAAAGUAGACUUAAUUAACUUAUUUAUUUCUAUUUUAUGUUUUGCUGAGAGAAAUUUCCAUCUCAUUCCAGCUGCUUUAUUUAUCUUUUUCAUGGGAUUUUGCAUGGAUUUUUUUUCUUUUUCUUUCUUUUCCUUCUUUCUUCCUUUCUUUCUUUCUUUUACUUUGAAGAGUGGAGUUAGAUGUUCUUACCAUAGAAUUUUACAGGGUUAUAUACUAGCUUUCUUUACUGCAUUAUAUGUAGGAGUGUGGUGCAGUGCUUUUAUCUGUAGCAUUGAAAUUUUUUUUAAUUUUCCAUUUUUCAAGAAUAGUUUCUGCUUUGUUAAUAUUUAUACACAGGCUACUUGUUGAAGUAAGUAAUUAAAUAUAUAACCAAGUGCCUAAGUCUUUCAGCUGAUGUACUAGAUAUUAAAUUCUCCUAAGUUAUGCAGAAUCGUUUUUACAAUUUUGAUAAAUUAUGCACUAAUGUAAUGGCAGUUUUUUAAAAUGCAGAUUUAAGCCUGUACAUUAUUGAAUCUGAUGACUUGGCAAAAGAAUCAGGUGCUUUCAGCUUUCUUGAGAAAACCCUGUAUGUAGCGUUUGCACUGACUAACAAGAUGGUAUUGCUGGUUUUUUGUUUUUGUUUUUGUUUUUUAAUUUAAACUAAUUAAUUUGGAUGUUCAUUGCAAUAUCUUGGUUAAAUAUUGUUUAUUGUUACUUUACGUUGGGGUUUAAUUUUCCUUGUUUUCUGACUGUUAGGUUGAUAAGACUAUGAACCAUGUAAUAAUAGAACAUUGGCUAACCUUUAUUCAUACUUAGAAACAUGAAUAAUUUCUGCCCUGCUAAAUGUGACUGAAAAGUGUUUGGACCUGGCAUCUGGAAGUAUGCAGUAUGUUCAACCAGCCAUGCCCCAGAUUUGUGGGAGGUAUUUUACUGAAACCUAAAUUUCAGUCAACAUUUGGAAACAAAAGCUGGGCAUUCCUUUCUGGUGAUCUUACCUAUAGUUUGUCUCUUUGUUUUCCCCCCGGUUUCUUUGAGAUUAGUUUGACUUUUAUUAUUAUUUUUUUAAUUAACUUCUGUGAAGUUGUUUACUCUGAAAAUUGUACUGGAAUAUUUUAAGCCAAGCUGAUCUUUCACCAGGUGUACUGUAUGUAAGGGCUUUUCCUGCUAGCAAGAUGCUUAAACAGGAUCAUGUUAUUGGUCGUCUGAGCUAUUUAGUUGUUUUACAAAACCACAGCAUUGUAUCAGAUAAGAUUUUGAUAAAAAGUUUUGUGCACAUUUCCAGGGGCGGGAGGGUUGACAUUUCCCUGAAAUUUCUUGAUCAGAAUGAGUAAAUACUGGUGUUUGAUACCUGUCUUAAUGAACAUGCUCAUAAGGUGACUGAUAAGUUGUAAAUAUACCUGAGAAACAAAGGGGUAGUUUUGAUAUUCUGGUGUCAGUAUGGAAGAUCUUACACAUUUAUUUAAUAUUCAGAUGUAUGAAGAUGUUUGUUUGUAGCCUAACAGCACAGUAGCCUUGACUUCGUUUCCUUCGGUUAGUACUGUACCUUUUUGCCAUGGCCAGUGCUCCCUCUCCCUACAAAACAUUUUAUUUAUUUCACUCUGUAACCUGAAAUGAAUAGGAACAAGAGUUUUAAACCAUGUUACAUUAACUUAUUUCUGACAUUAUAAAUUAGCCUAGGAUAUUACAGGAACAUGAUUGUUAUAUAAUUUAUAUCAGAACCCUUCUAUAAAUAUGCGCUUAUUACAUUUAAAAUGCUUCCAAUGUACUUUAUUUGCUGUUUGUAUUUCCAAAAAGGAUAUGCAAACCAGUAUGUCUAUUUCAUGGAUAUUUAAAUAGUGAGAUCUUCCAUGUUGAAGGUAAUGUAUUUUUUUUUAAGAUUUUAAAAUUGCUAUUUUGUUACAAAAUAGAGACCUAUUAACAGUUUGAGAGCUCCUUAUGUGCCCUCAGGGAAAGAACCCUCUGUGCAACAGAACUACGCAAAACAUCUUCAGCACGUUCUGAGGGUGAAUAUAUACUACAUAAAUUGAUCUUGUGUAUUUAACCUUAUCUUUUUAAUUUUAAAAUUGAAAUUUUGAAACUUGGUUGUGCUCUGCUGGAGGGGUUUGGGAUAAACUGCUUAGGUGUUUGCCUACUUGUCCAGUGAAAUUACAUUUGCAUCAGUGUAUGUAUAUACCUGCCAGGUAUGUCUCAGAACAUUUAUAUUAAAAUAAUGCUUGUCUUGCAGCAGGUGAUCCCAUAAAACAGUAACUCCCUGUUCUUAAAAACUUACUCUCGUUCUCACUAACAACAUAGGAAUUGUUUCUGUGUUGGGAUUAUUCUGUAUUGCAUCCUUUAUCUGUGUAGUGACCAUCUUCUGUUUCUCAUGGUGGGUUUCACAUAAGGAAAGACAUUGGUUCUCUGCCCCUUUAGAAGAAAGAGCAAUUUUUCUGAUCCUUCUUCAAAAAGUUACUCCCUGAUGUCAUGGAGGAAAAAAUAUAUAUAUAAAUCAGACCGAGGAUGUGACUUUUUAAAAUUGGGUGCAUUCCUUGUCAUUUGACCCUUUUACCAACAUGUUGUGAUGUACAUAUGUUUGAAAUCAGUACAUAAGGCAAUAGGAGAGGAAAGGUGUAAUGCUGGUAAUUAAACUGCAUAUGGUGCCUGUGGUCUAAUUAGGAAAAAGUGGUCUGAGGUCUGGAAAGUGGGAAAAUGGUGGGGCGUUUGUUUUACUUUUUGUGUUUUUGUUUUUCCAUUUCUGAGUCCCACUCUGAAGGCCGUGUGCCUCAUUCAGGUUCUGUGAAUGUAGCCUCAGUAGUUCUCUUUUGUAGUGUCCAGUUCAUUUUCUAAAGCCUGAGAAAGUGAUGUAUGUAUUUUGUCUAGUUGGUACCUGAGCAGAGCAGAUUCCCUUGCCUUUCCUGCCAUGACUUCCUUUCGGUACCAUCUGAUAAGCCAGCGUCAUGCGUGGAGUUUGUGUGUUAGAAUUUUCAAGAGAAGGUAGUACUUCACUGGGUCAGUGCACUGAUUUUUUUCCUAGUAGUUAUUUACUCUCACAAGAGAAUAAAAGAAACCUCACCUCCUAUAUGAGAACUGAAAUAUCCCAUUUGUAUGGAUCUAGUCACUUUCACUCAAAUUUCGAGUUGAUUCAAAGUAUAUAAAGCACAUCCCAAUUUUACAUGCUGCCUUGAGAAAAUCACAGGAUGCACAGCAAUUUCUAGGAAUUUAAAAUGGGAUCAUUUAAACAUUUGAAAACAUUGUUCUAAAAACCAUCUAGCUUGCUCUUGCAUCUUAGAUGUUAAAGCCCAUGUUGUUUGGUUGACGGGUGGAAUUGUAAUGAUCAGGUUCAGCAUGUGAUUUUAACUUUGAAUCUGAAUAUUUCUUCCCUAGCCUCUCUGUGUCGUUUUCUGAGCAGACUGUCACCAGUAUUGGUAACUGAGCAGUUAAAGGGAAAAGUUGCGUUGCAACUAUGUAUUAGUUUCCUGGGAGAACUUUCCUUGUGUUUUAGUGAUUGAAGAGUAUUGAUGGGAUCACUUACUGUAACUCCUUCAUAAGAACCCCUUCUGCAAGCAGAACACAAAUGAACGUGCUCAAGGAGUAUCCCAUUUUCUGGAUAAAUUGAAUACAUUUGCUAGUUAUUCCUUCAUACUAGCAGUUUCUUUGUAUCCCUUUGCUGGCAAGGGAAUACAAGGAGUCAAGGCGACUGAUGAGAACAGCCCACAUUUGAGUGGAGUCUUAUUUCUACUCCAAGAGCAGUUAGUUAUCUCCCCAAAUCCGAAAUUGGCAACUUUUUUCUUUUUUUAAAUAAAAUUUUAAAAAUAUCCUCAAACCAGUGGAACAUAGACACUGGCUGCACUUAGUACUGCCAAAAGCCAAGGUCAUUUGCAUAUACUCCAUCAAUCUGUCGAGAAUUAGGCCUCACUUUAUAACCCAAGGCAUGGAAGUGCAUGCAUUCUCUUAGCUGGGCAAACAAUUAUACUGUAGUUGUGAUACAACACACGUGGCUUCUAUUUGUACUGCACAUACCCACUGUACAGCCACUGGGAGUGUCGUGGUUAGCUUGCAGCAACUGCUGUCUGCAUUUAUACUGUUCAUUGCAUAUUCUUUUCCCUGGAAGUGAAAGAGAAAUGUUUUUCUUGUUGCAUUGAUUACAUUUUAUAAAUUUGCUUAGCUGGAAAGUUUGGGAAAAGAGGCCUGUUUGUCAAUUGUACAACCGAUUGUGAAGCUCUAGUGUGAAUAUUUUUACGUCUGUAUUAGACAUUUUCUUUGCAAAUCUAUUGUUCGAUUGAAAUGUAAAUGAAAUUAAAGAUGGUGUACACCCAUCAUGUAAAAAGCAGGCACCAUCUCUAAGAUGGAUUUAAUGCUCAUUUUUAAGGCAUAUACUCAGCUUCUAUUUAAAACUAUAAUUUAAAAUAAUUCUGUACAAUGAAAUGGGGAAUAUAUAUGGGAAUAAAUUCUAUUCCAUUUAUUUCAAUUUGAAUUCCAAAUUGUAAUGUUUCCCUUUGUGCUAUAGGAAUAGGAUUAAAUGGGGGAAGGCUAGGAUUUAUAAGGCCUGUAUAUGGGGGGAGGGCAGAGAUGGAACAAUGAGGGUUGUGAUGAUAGUGAAUAGCAAAGAGUGAAUUCUGUGUGUUUUUGCUGUAGCACUGAAGUGAAGAGAUAUUAGCUUUGGCUGUUCACAGAAUAGAGCAUCAUGAUUUUCAGUGUUUGAGAGAAAAUUGAUGGAAAAAGUUUGCAGUACUUGACAUGUAUUUGCAUGCACAAAAUAAAAUUAUUUGUCCACCUUAAAAGUUGUUUUAGUGUCAAUAUUAAGUUCAUGGUGCAUUUUAGUUAUAUUGAUAUCCUUGGUAUACUUCUUGGCUUAAAUAAGCUACCAGGAUAAUCCUUGAGAUUUAAAUAAUCACCUGCCUUGGGGCACGUGGCUGGCUUAGUCAGUAGAGCAUGGGACUCUUGAUCUUGGGGUUGUGAAUUCGAGUCCCACAUGGGGGGUGGGUUGUACUUAAAAACUUUUUUUUUAAAGAUUUAUUUAUUAUUUGAGAGGGAGGGGCAGAGGGAGAGAAUCUCAAACAGACUCCCUACUGAGUGUGGAGAUCCAUGCGGGGCUCAGUCUCACAACCCAUGAGAUCAUGACCUGAGUCGAAACCAAGAGUCAGGUGCUUAACCGACUAAGCCACCCAGGCACCCCUAAAAUUAAAAAUCUUUAAAAUAAAUAAAUGUAAUAAAUAAUCACCUACGUCAUGCAUACAUGCCUGGGAAGGAUCUGAAAGAAUGAAUAGAUCAGGGAGGUUGAAAUAUUUUGUAAUCCAGUCAGUCAAUUCAAUUAUUCAAAUACAGAUAAAGUACUUUCUAUAUGGCAGAUGAGGACAUAGAUAAUACUAGCAGAUCACAAUCUAGGGGAGGAAUGAAAUAGGACAAAUUCAUAAAUAACUAAUGUGUCAUAGAAGUACAAAGACACUUCUGUGGAACCUCAGAAUAUGAACAGAUAAUGGCCUGAGUGGAUUGAAACACCAUUUUCACUGGGCCCUGACUAGUUGUACUCGCUCACUCAGCUGAUACAUUUUAAGCCCCAGUGUGUGCUGGUCAUUAAGGUUAAAGGUCAAUAAAAGACGAACUCUUCCUCUGGAAGUUCUUAGUGUGGAAACUGGGAAAGACAAAUCUGAAUCAUCAGCUGAGGGGAGCUAUGUUCUAAUGUAGGCUGUAUGGAAACUUGAGAAGGGACACUAUGGGGUAGUGGUGGUGAGCCAGGGGAGAUGCUUCUUUGAGAAAUGAUCCCUGCCUGGCUAGACUUUGUAGGCUGAAUAAUAUGUCACCAGGUAGAGAGAGGGGAACACCUAUUCUACCUUCACAACAAUCCACUCUGUAUCUUAACAGUCCUUCACUGUAGAUCUUAUGAUCCCUAUUUUGUAUCUGAGAUGUUAAGUAACUUACCCAAGACCUCCUGGCUAGAAAGUAGUGGAGUCCGAAUUCAGGACUCAAGUCUGUUCUACCUCCCGAAGGUAGUGAUUGAUGGUGGGGGUUGGAACUGUUUUAGCUGUAUUACAGUGGAAGGAGUGUUUAAGGAAUAGCUUAACUAACUCUUAGAGCACUUACCAUAUUCCAGACACAGUUCCAAGCACUAUAAGGUAUAUUAAAAUCUAGGACCAUUUACUGUCACCGUUUUACAGGUGAGAAAACCAAGGUAGACACCUUAGCAAAUUUGCCUGAAUUUACAUGGCUGGAUGAGGUAGGUAGGGAUCUCUAUGAAGGACAUUGAAUAUCAUAAUAAAAAGACUUAGGGAGUCUUGGAAGUUAGAUGAUCUGAACAAUCUGGGGUUUAAGAAAGAUCACUUUGGUGGUAGAGUGAGGUGAAGCUGGAGAUAGACCACCAGCAGGGAAGCCAGGUCAGCAGUCUAGGUAAGAAGUGUUCGGAGCAUGGCCCAGCAGGGAUGGAGGGAGAGAGAGGUGGAUCUGAGAAGCAGGAGAGAGCAAUUGACAGGAUUUGUUGUAGAGAGAAGAUACUAGAAAUCUACACAUUACAGUGGAUCAGAUUUGGCUUAGAGUCCCAGACCUCAUUGCUGAGAAGAGAGCCGUAUUUGUGAGACGUGUAAUAUUGUGUAAGCCCUGGAGUGACAACAUAGAUCAGGAAGAAGAGGAAGAACCAGGGAUAAUGGAUCCAAGCAAAGGAGAGGAAACUUAAGGAAAUGAAAGUCCAGGAAGAUUUUAUCUCCUCUAUUGUACCUAUUGGAGUAAUGAGCGUGCACCGUAACAAAGAGGACGGUAAAAACCUUAAUUGAAAGUUCCACAGUGCAGUGGUUCCAAACUUACUUGCAUGGUGCAAUCACCUGGGCAUCUUUUAAAAAUCCCAAAGCCCAGAACAUAACCCCAGACGGAUUAAAUCACAAUCUCUGGGGGUGGCACCAAGGCAUCUGUACCUGUAAAGCUCCCCGAGUGCUUCCAAGGUGCAAAAAAUUGGGGAACCACUGCUGUAAUGAAUGAAAAUGGAUUUGGGACCUGUCUUAGCCGAGGUAUUAAAUAACAUCCGUUAGCAAAUGUUCAGGCCCGUGUGGUUCUCGGAGACAUUCAGCAGAUAUCUUUAUGAGAAUCUACUACGUAAGGCCUAAAGGAUACAGGAGUGAGCUAGUCCCUAACUUCAUGAAACUUACAUUACAGUUGGAGGCAUAGACAAAAAACAAAUGAAAGGUGAAUUUAGAUCAUGAGGAGUAAUACAACCAGAAUGAAUAUAAUACAACCAGCUGAUGAGAUAUUGUAAGGUGGGAGUGGUAAUUCUCAGGACUGUGGACAGUUUUAGGCAGAGCAGGCAGCCCAACAUCCCUGUCUGGAUCCCUGAUAAACAUCUCAAACUUAACAUGUCAAAGACGGAGUGUCUGGGAUUCCUCCACUCCCCAAACUGCACCUCCAGUCUCUCCCCCGCCCCCCUGUUUCAGUUACUUCCCCCUAGAUCACUGUCCCUCCCACUUAGUCCAGCAACAAAUUCUGCCAGUUCUACCUUCAAAAUAUAUUCAGAAUUUGACCCCUUCUCACCACCUAGGUCUGAGCCACAAUUAUCUGUCACGUGAAUUAGCCUGAAUGGCCUCCUGUUCUCUCUGCUUCUGCCCUUGCCUCCCUUCAAGCAGCUAGAGUGAUCCCUUUAAACUGUGAAGUCUGAUCAUUUCACUCCUGUGCUCAAAACCCUUCAAAUGCAUCAUCAUCAGAGUGAAAGCCAAAGCCGCUUCUCUGGUUUUUUGCUAUGGCCGCACUGGCCACUUAGGUGCUCACCACGCCAGGCGUGCUUCCAUCAUAGGGCUUUUCUGCUUGUUAAGGAUAAAGCCUUCCCCCACCCUCACUGGAUAUCUUCAUGAUGAGAUAUUCCUUUUCUUAAGGUCUUUACUCAAAAGUCAACCUCAGUGAAAACUGGAUGGAGAGCCAUGGCAGGGGAUGGGGUACCUAUUUAAACUAGAUAUUUUAACCCAAGAGACUGGGUGAGUUCAACUGGGUUUUUUUUUUCUUUUAAACUUUAUAUUCUGAAGUAAUUAUAGGUUCACAGGAAGUUACAAAAAUACUAGAGGACCCAUGCACCCUUCACACAGUUUCCCCAAUGAUAGCAUCUUUCAUAACAGUACAAUAGCAAAACCAGGGAAUUGACAUUUCUAACAAUCCCCAUACUUUAUUCAGAUGUUAUCAGCUUCACAUGCACUCAUUUGCAUGUAUGUGUGUGUGUGUGUAACUCUUAGCACAUAGAUUUGUGGAACCACCACUACUCCCAAGAUAACAGAACUGAAAAAAAAAAAAAAGGUAACAAUGUUCGCUCAAUGAUCCCUCAUGCUACCCCUUUACAUUCAUAUCCAUUCACCUCCCUUAUCUUCAUUCAUCCCUAAGGUCUGGCAACCACUGAUCUGUCUCUAUCUCUAUAACUUUGUCAUUUUGAGCAUAUUGUAUAAAUGAAAUUAUACAGGAUGUAACCUUUUGAGAUCGGCUUUUUUCACUCAGCCUAAUUCCCUUGAGAUCCAACCAAACUGUCACAUGUAUUAAUAGUUUGUUCCUUCUUAUUGCUGAGUAGUAAAUGUACCACUUUGUUUAAACAUUCACCCGUUGAAGAACAUUUGGGUUGUUUCAAAUUUUUGACUAUUAUAAAUAAAGCUGCUAUGAACAUUUGUAUACA